UUUUAUUGCUUUUGAGGCCCAUUAAAAGAAUUAAUGAAAAGGAUUAAAUCACUUUUGAGGUCCAUUACGUUGGAGGAGUGUAGCAGUCAAAAUCCCUAAAUUCCUCUUUGACUUUAGUACUCUGCCGUCGACAAUUUCAUUUCGCCAAAUGUCGUCACCGGUGAAGAAGAGGAAGACGAAGACGACGACCUCACCCUUACUCCCCCUGUCGUUGCAAUCGACCCAGCUUUCGUCUCUUCCUGAUGAUUUGCUUAUAAGUAUCUUCGCACGCGUCUCGAGAUUGGAGUACCCGAUUCUCUCUCUCGUUUCCAAAAGCUUUCGAGCUCUCCUUGCUUCACCGGAGCUAUACGAGACUCGUUCAUUCUUAGGACGCACCGAGAGUUGUCUCUAUGUGUGCUUAGGGUUCCCUUCUCGCUCUAACCCUCGCUGGUUCACUCUCUGCCGAAAACCUAAUCCAACCUUAACCAACAACAUGAAGAAGAAGAAUAAGAAGUCAACUGGUCAUGCUAUGGCCGCAGUGUCAAUUCCCAAUUCUCCUCCUGCCCACUGGUCGAGUAUCGUUGCGGUUGGUUCUGAUAUUUACAACAUUGGCGGAUCCACCAGUGAAGAGUACUCCUCUAGCAUCUCCGUUUUGGACUGCAGGUCUCACACGUGGCACGAAGGUCCAAGCAUGCUGGCCGAGCGUAAUUUCCCUGCGGCCAAUGUCAUUGGUGGAAAGAUAUAUGUUGCAGGUGGUUGCAAAGAGUCCAAUUCCUCUAAUUGGAUGGAAGCUUUCGAUCUAAAAACACGAACUUGGGAGCCUCUCUUGAACCCUUUCGCAGAUAGAUGUGAAACUCGUGUAUGCAAGAGCGCAGUGAUUGAAAAAGCUAUAUGCUUGUUUGGGGAUAAGGGUGUGGCUUACAACCCAAAAUUAGAUAGAUGGGAAGCAAUAGGAGCGGUGAAUUAUUUGGAUUUUGGAUGGGUAUGGUAUACUUAUUGCGUGAUUGAUAGUGUACUAUAUUCUUACAGUGAAUCAGAUGGAAUCAAAUUGUAUGACUCUAAGAUUGGACGGUGGGUAAAGUUGAAGGGUUUAGAAGGAUUGCCUAAGUUUGCUGGUUAUGGUUGCGUUAGAUUGGCCGAUUAUGGCGGAAAAAUGGCUGUUUUGUGGGACAAGUAUUUGCCUUCUAGUGGCUAUAAGAACAAGGUGAUUUGGUGUGCGGUGAUCACACUUGGAAGGCGCUUCAAUGAAGAAAUUUUUGGGAAGGUUGAGUGGCUUGAUGCUGUGCUUACAGUUCCUGAGUCUUAUGUAUUCGUGUGUGCUCGUGCUGCGACUGUUUGAUGAAUUGACUCGGUUGUGGAUCUUGAAUGUUGGAGGAAGGUUAUUCACAUUUGUAGGAAAGCUGUAACAUUACAAGAUUCAUCCUUGGAGAGAGUUUGGUCGACUAGUUUACAGAACUCUUUUUGUUAUUUCGCUUCAUUUGCAAAGGCUUGGCUUUGCUUGCCUACAAUCUUAUAAACAAAUGAUUAUGGCUCUAUGUGUGUUUCAUUAAAUAUCACAGGAAAAAGAUUAACGCGUAUUAUAGAUUUUAA